AUGGCCAUCGGUAUUUUCACCAAACCCUCUGCACUCGGCGUCAGCCACAACACAAUCCCUAACGUGGGCCCUUGCCAGCAAAAUCGGUUCGACGAACUCGUGGUGCGACUCAAGGAUGCUCUUGGUCCAUCAUCGGGAUUGACCUCUGAUGAUGUUGAUGUUGACUUUCUUCAACAACUGAUGGAAGGAUAUGACGGCGCCGACAACAUGUGGAAGCCGUAUGCCUUCGGUGAUCGCAGUAGGGGAUACACCCGUAAUCUCGUUGACGAAGGUAACGGCAAGAGUAAUUUGCUUGUUCUCGUAUGGUCUCCUGGAAAGGGGUCCCCUAUCCACGACCACGGCAACGCCCACUGCUUGAUGAAGAUUCUGAAAGGCAACCUCACCGAGACUCGAUACGCUUUUCCGAACGAGGAUGAACAAGAUAGACCAAUGAAUAUCAUUGGGGAAAGAACAUAUAAGGAAAACUCCGUCGCAUAUAUGGCAGACGAACUAGGUCUGCAUCGUGUAUCCAACAGAGGUAGCGACUUUGCUGUAUCCCUCCACUUGUACACUCCUCCCAACGUAGCUAAAAAGGGAUGUCAUAUCUUUGACGAGAAGACAGGACGGAAAAGCCAUGUACCAGGUUGUCACUACUACUCGGCUUAUGGACGGUUGCUGAAGGAGUAG